UCUCUCUCUCUCUAGUCUCUACACGCUCGCGCUCCUCGGAAGCUACUCGUGAAGAUCUCGAGACGAGUCCCUCUCUCUUCUCGAUCGCUCCGCCCCCUCUUCGUCUUCCGCUUCCUCUGUUGCGAUGGGGUCAAUGCAGCUGUACCUGAGGGAGGCUCGGACGUCGUACUUUCUGGUGAUCUGCGCCGCCUCCGUCUUCAUCUGAUCGGGGUCGGCGGUCUCUCGAAACCCUAGCUAGGGUUUCGUCUCUCCUCCUCCGCCGCCCCCCGCGCUCCCGAUCGAGGGUUUCCGAAUCGGAUUUGGGGAUUCGGAGAGGGUAUUAGAUCGGGAUCGGGAUCGAGAUCGAGAUCAUGCCGUCCGUAGGGCCCGAUCCGACGGACAAGGACGCGGAGCCGUUCGUGGAGAUGGACCCCACGGGGCGGUUCGGGCGAUACAACGACCUACUCGGCGCGGGCGCCGUGAAGAAGGUGUACAGGGGAUUCGACCAGGAGGAGGGGAUCGAGGUGGCGUGGAACCAGGUGCGGCUCCGGUGCUUCGUCGAGAACCCGACGAUGCUCGAGCGGAUCUACGCCGAGGUGCGGCUGCUCCGGUCCCUGCACCACGACAACAUCAUCGGCUUCUACAAGGUGUGGACCAGCGGCGCCGACGACCGCACCCUCAACUUCAUCACCGAGGUGUGCACGUCGGGGACGCUCCGCGACUACCGCCACCGCCACCGCCAUGUCUCGCUCAAGGCGCUGAAGAAGUGGGCGCGGCAGAUCCUCGUCGGCCUCGAUUACCUCCACACCCACGACCCCUGCAUCAUCCACCGCGACCUCAACUGCAGCAACAUCUUCAUCAACGGCAACGUUGGCCAGGUCAAGAUAGGAGACCUGGGCCUUGCCGCGAUCGUGGGAAAGAACCAUGUUGCGAAUUCGAUUCUUGGGACGCCGGAAUACAUGGCGCCGGAGCUCUACGAGGGGGUCUACACGGAGCAGGUCGACAUCUACUCCUUCGGUAUGUGCGUGCUCGAGAUGGUCACCCUGGAGAUCCCCUACAGCGAGUUGGACAGCGUCGCCAUGAUAUACCGCAAUGUAAGGCGGGGCACUCCCCCUGCCGCCAUGGCCAAGGUUCGGGACCCCGCCGUCCGCGACUUCAUUAAGCGGUGCAUCGGCGCACCUCGCUCCCGCCCCUCCGCCGCGGAGCUCCUCAGGGACCCUUUCUUUCAUGGCCUCGAUGAUGACGACAACAGCAGCAGCAAUGGCCCCAUUCUUGCUCCCUCUCAGCGGAACUGCAGCAGGCCUUCCGAGCCCGCAAGAUCGAAUGGCCUGUUGCGCUCUGCGCCAUUAGUGGACGAGCUCAAGGGGUUUAGACUCGAUUGAAGGUCGAUGUUUUAGGCUACUAAUAAUUCUGCUAACCGGUUCUUUUGUGUUAAUCCGGGGGGUUUAAAUUCCUGGAAAGGAAUAAAAGUGUGCAUAGCUGCUCCUUAGGAGGAAUAAAGCUCUUGUUCGUGGUAGUAGCUUCUUUCUCUUUGGUUUGGCGUUUGGUUUUUUUGGUUUUUUCCUUUUCUUUUUUUUGGCCUUUUCUUUCAUUUUGUAAUGGUUUGGUGUGUGUAUAUAUCUAACUGAAUAAAUGGAAGUUUGGAGAUGGUAGUAAUAAGGUUAGGUUUGUAAAAUGUCUUCAUUCUUGUUGUGCCUCAUAUUUGGACUUUUUUUUUUAA